AUGGCCCCCUCUCUCGACGCCAAUGCCAGUACCACGUACGGUGACUGGCGCGAUGAGUUUUACAGCAAGGGCUACGUCGUCUUGAAGAAUGUGAUUCCCCGCGCCAAAGCCCUCCAGUACCGCCAGAAAGCCCUCGACUGGCUCUCCUCCUUCCCUACGAAGUUUGAUGUCAACGAUCGAUCCACCUGGACGUCUGAGAACCUUCCCCAGAGCUUCAAGGCCGGUAUGUAUCUCAACUACUGUGCCGGACAUGAGAAGUACGUCUGGGAUGCACGACUUGAGCCCGGCGUUAUCGAUGCAUUUGCCAAAAUCUGGGACACGGACGAGCUUCUUGUCUCCUUCGAUACCGUCAACAUUACGCUUCCAGGCCGCAAGGAUGUUGACUGGUCUCCUUGGCCGCAUGUCGACCAGGCACCCGAGCGCAAGGGCCUAGCCUGCGUUCAAGGUAUCAUCAACCUCUCUGAAGCAGGUCCUGAAGAUGGAGGCCUGCUCCUCAUGGAGGGUUCCUCGCGCCUCUUUGAUAAAUUCUUCGCCCUAAACCCUCCAGACCGAACCCAAGGAAUCGGCGCCAAGCAUUACGACUUUUACCCCUUCAAAGAGCACCACGUCAAAUGGCACGAGGAGCAGGGCUGCAAGCUUAUCAAGGUGUGUGCGGAGCCUGGGGACCUGAUCCUUUGGGACUCGCGCUCCAUGCAUUAUGCAGAGUUCCCCAAGAGCGACACUAUCCGCACCAUAAUCUACGCCUGCUACACUCCCGCGUCUCUUGCCAAGGAGAAGGAUCUGAAGAGAAAGGCAGAGUUGUUCCACCGCUGGGAGACAACCACUCACUGGCCUCACUGCAACAUCUGGGGGCAUGGCAAGGCCAAGGUCAAUGGAGAGGUCGACCCCCUAGAGCGCGACGAACCGCUGGAGAAGCCCGAUUUGACCGACCAGUUGUUAAAGCUCGCAGGCGUGAAGGCUUAUUAA